ACCCGGGGAGGAACAGUUCCCUCUUACGCGUCGCCCAUUCGAAACUGGUCGCAAGCUCUCGUCCAUUGAUCGCUACAGUCGCCGGAAAAGUAACGAUCGCACUUCCUGUUCGGAGUGAGAGAAAUAUUACGCGCCUGAUUCCCCCGUGACAUAUUUUUGGAAUUUUGAGGCUUUUUGUUACAAAAGUUACCGAGAACAAUUACGGAGAUUAGACUGUUGAAAAGAUUCGGAAAAUGCGGUUUUCCCGGAAAAGUAACGAUCGCACUUUUGCUAUAUCUUGUUCGGAGUGAGAAAAAUAUUACGCGCCUGAUUCCCCCGUGACAUAUUUUCGGAAUUUUGAAGCUUUUUGUUAUAAAAGUUACGGAGAACAAUUACGGAGAUUAGACUGUUGAAAAGAUUCGGAAAAUGCGGUUUUCCCGGAAAAGUAACGAUCGCAGUUUUGAUGCACCUUGUUCGGAGUGAAACAAAUCUUACCCGCCUGAUUCCCCCUGACAUAUUUUUGGAAUUUUGGAAGCUUUUUGUCGUAAAAAUUAUGGAAAAUAACAGAGAUUAGACUAUUGAAAGAGUCAGAAAACGCGAUUUUUUUGCGGAAACGUAACGGUCGAAAUUUGACCGUAUCCUGAUUGGAGUGAAAACAAAUCUUAAGCGCGUGAUUCGCCCGUAGCGAAUCUUGUGUUUUGAAUGUUAUUAAAGUUACCGAAAACAAUUACAGAGAUUAGAUCGUUAAAAAGAGUAGAAACUCUCGUGCGCAGUGACGGAAUUUGAUCAAGGAUUUCAGAGGAUUAAUGUAUUUGGAUAACGCUUCGAUUAAAUGAUUAGUUUUGACAAAGUCUUUGAAUAUUUCUUCAAAAUUUAAAAAUAAACGAAAUCACUUAAAAUUUAGUGUUUUGAACCUACUCGAAGCCUAAAAAAGUGUCGUAGAAGCUGACAAAUUAUCUUUCGCGCUUUGUGAAGUCACAAUUUCUUGCACAGAUCCCGCGGUAAACUUCAUUGUGGUGUUUACUGCAUCAGUGCAUCAAAGUUCGAUGAUCGAGAGUGCGCGAUGAAAUUUUCACCUUGAUUCUACUUAACUAAAAAAGCGGACAAAUCUAUCGCUCUCUUUAAUUUUUCGAGGGAUUUUUCACCAACAGCAGCAGAUACACCCGUUGAAUGUUGGAAAAACUGUAUACGAUUGAGUGAAAAUAUAGUUUUUCGAAAGAAGUUUCAUUUAUUUGUGUUCAUUUACGGUUCAUACGUAGUUUGCAUAUUCUGUAAUUUUACGUACUUUGUUGCUCUAGACAGUGCUUAAAUGUUCGAAAAAAUUUCAAGGCACAGAACACGCCGGAUUAUAACGCAGGAAGUGAUUAAAAGUGAGAUUUCGUGUGACAGUGAUGCUGCUGUUUAAAGGAGACGCCACAAUGAAACAUUUUGGAGCUCUCAUACUCAUGCAACUUACUCAGAUGGUACAUCUCCUAGACUUGGAUGAUCCAGAGGUCGGAUCGAUAGUGAAAGGGAUCGAAGACAGAGUGUACAUCUGUCCUCCAAAAUUCGUGCGGCAAGGAAAUAGCUGCUAUUAUAUCAGUACCGAUAAUGCAACCUGGCAUGAUGCCCACUUCAAGUGCCAAUCGAUGUCCAAGAAAAAGAAAAUCACCCUUGCUGUUCUUGAAACCAAGAAAGAAGACCGGAAUUUGAAGCAGUUCUUGAAGUCACCUCCUGAACGGGAUCGAUGGAUAGGGGGAAUAUUCAACUGGAAGCAAAAGCAAUGGCUUUGGGGCCCAACCGGCGCGGUUGUUAAAUAUAACAGGAAAUUUCUGACCCGAGCUAGAAGGAGGCAGAAAGACUAUUUCUUUCAUUGUAUUGUUCUAAAUGCAAAACGAAAAUACAAUUGGAAGGCUGAGAAAUGUUUGAGGGAAAGACGCUAUAUUUGUGAAACAAAACUUGAGGUACGAAAAGAUCCAAAAAUACAACGAGAGUACCAACUUUCCAAAAAUGAAAUUAUACAGGCGUAAUAAACAGAAUAUGUAAAAUUGUACAGUACCUAAGCCUCGCUAGCAAAAUAAAUAAAAAAAAUUGAUCCCUUCAA